AACGUUUCUUCCACACUCACCUGAAAGUACACCACUCUGAAAAUGCAGUAACUAAAGUGAAGACCAUUUUUGAGUACUGUAGUUUUGUUUUCAUCAGGUUUAUUAAGCAGGGACUCUGAGCGGAACUACAGUGGGUGGCAAAGAUAGCCAGCAAUUAGUGAGAACUGAGAAAGCCCCUAAACCGCACAUGCUUUCAGACAAUACCAAAAGAGCAGGGCUUUGUAUACAUAACCUGCUAACGUUCUUCUGUGCACAUCGCUCAGAGCUGCUUAUUCCUUUUUAACCACCUACAGAAACAUAUUUAGAUUUAGAGACAACGGACCCGCAGUGUGUGAGGAAGUGUUUUUCUUCUUUUGCCCCCUGUCUCUAGUGUUGAGUCAACAGUCUCAGGCUGCAGCAGGAGGAAGCCGUCGUCAAGCGUAAUCAACAGAAAUGAGAAUCUGUUAUGGAUACCAUGUUUUAUACUCUGGAACAGCGCUGCUUCUUCUCUGUUAUGGUCUGUGUGUUAGGGCUGAUGAGAACACCGUGACAGAGCACAGAGAUGCUGGGAGUUCCCUCACUUUACCACUCGGACAUCCAAAAGAAUCUGUCACAUACGCAGAGUGGAAAUAUGAAGGGAAGACAUUUGCAGUAUAUAUACAAGGACAAGUUCGCAUAAGUGAUGAACCGCAGUUCAGUGGAAGAUUAAAGGCGGACAGUGAUCAUCUGAGUGUAGAAGUCACAGAUCUUCAGCUCCAGGAUUCUGGAAGUUACUCCAUUGUUGCAGAUAAAAGUGGAGCGCAGCUACCAACAAAGAUAAUCAGUCUGACGGUCCAUGGCAAGCUUAUUAUUGAUAUAGAGAGCAAUCAGAUCUGGGUGGAGUCUAAAAAGAGCUGCGAAGUUAAUCUUCUUUGCAAAGUGCGAGAAGACCAGAAGGUGUCCUACACAUGGAGUGGCUAUAAGAACGGCAGUGAAGCUGGGCUCCGCUUCACUCUCUCACCAGCAGAGGGAGAUGUUACACUGACCUGCACUGCAGCAGAAGUCAGCAGUCCCAGCGAAGGGAAUAACACAAGGAACGUGACAUGCAAUCCAGGUGUGUCCAACAACCAGCUGCAUAUUUGGAUUGCAGUAGGUGGAGGUGUUGCUUUGUUUCUGCUUAUUGUUAUAAUUGCAGUGAUCUGCUGGUGGAAAUCACACAGAGAUAUAGAUUCUCCUGACCAAGGGAAUACAGUGUAUGCAGACGUGAACGAUGGCAAUGUAAGAAAAGACAAAAGAUCAGAGAGUAUAAAUGUGGCAUCCAUUUACGAAACAGUUGAUGAGCUCCGAGGAACAUCAGAUAAGCCUCAGACGCUUUAUGACAAGGUGACAUUUGCACGUCCUGCUCCUCUGGGCCCCUCCCCCUCCUCACCUUACCAAGUCGUGCUGUGAAGAUAUCAGCAAAGCUUUAUCUUAUUUUGUAAUGUCUGUACACAUUGUAGAUUCUUAUGUUGUCCAUAUACAUAUAUAUAUGUCUUGACUUUUUUUUUAUUCAGUACUUUUGAAAAUGAACUUGUGAGAAGAUAUUUGCACUGUUAUACUUUGGCAGACGUUGUUUGAUUGCUAUCUUUUGUAAAAAGUUCUAAGGAUGGCAUCUUAAUUCGGUUUAGACUUGCUUUUAAUGUACUAUGCAGAAAAAUGGCUUAUAGAGGUGGAUGGUGAUGACAUGUAAGAUCAGAUGUUUUGUCAUGCUAAACCUAAAACAAUAACUACUGUACUGUCAGAGAACAAGACAACAAGUAAGAUGUGGAAAUACGCAGCUGAAAUAAUCACAUUAACCAGGACAGUGAUAAUUAUACAGUAUAAAGUUAGCCUCCUCUAACGGCAGAAUGCUAACAACAUUGUGGAGAUAUAAUCAUUAUAAUCUGAUAGAAGACAAAAGUUGGCACGCUUCUUUGAAAACUGUCUUGUCAACUUGGCUACAGUUCCUCACAUGACACAUUCUGAUAUAAAACCAACCAUGUAUAUCUCACUAUUAUUUAAAUCAUUUUUCAUAUUUGACCAAUUAAAAAAGAGGUAAAAGAAAAGUGA